AUGUGGCAGAUUUUGACUCUCGCCUUGGUAACUUUUUAUCCCUAUUUUGCCGACUCGCGGAAGAACUCGUCAAUUGGUGCCCGCUCAACUGGGUAGGUCGUUUCUUCUUUUUGUCAGCUUUGCGUACCACUUGAGAAACUCCAUUAAGUCCCUCUCUAAUAAAUUCUCUCGGCACCUUGUAUACAUUUUCUCUUAAACCAUGUACAGGAUUAUUGUGGUUAACUAGUGUGUCAUUAGUUGUCUAUUACAAUGCAGUGCCAUCUUUGCACGGUACAAGUUGGUGCAUUUAUUUUUUAUAAUUGAAAAAUCCGCGGAAAUGAAAUUUGCUUUAGUAGAGUGAUGGCAGAUUUCAAACAUUAGGGCAAAUUUUUGAAUGCAGAGUUUGGACUGAAUAACAGCUGUUGCUUUCAAGACUAAUACACACAUGAAAAACUGUCUUCGACGCAGAUUUCACUAAGUUGGUAGUUAUAUCUGUGAUAGACCAUUGAAAACGAUCGACACAUAGGUUUCCUCUGAUAACUGUGCAUACAAAUGCUAUCGUCGAAUAGAGAUGCUCAGAAACGAAAAUUAUCUGUAUUUGGCAACGUUUGGUAAUACAGGUAGAAUCGUGAGCGCCUGAAAUUCUACGCUGAGUGUGUCAUAUAUUUGAAAUUCUGUACUGAGGGCUAGGUUACAAGUUUAAAUCCCCUUGUUACUGGACAUAUUCACACUACCGUUUAUCAUAAUUUUUGUCUGCCACUUAAUAGCGUCAUACAGGAUUGCACAUUUUGGUUUAGUGCUUACUCAGUGUGUAUCGCAUUUAAUAUUUCUUAUAGAGGACACAACCCCUCGUUCGUUUGGGUAACUCAUGAGCCAUUUGCCAUCUGGCAGGAUAAAGAUUUGUAUAAAAGCAUCAAUGAUCUCAGUGUCACAGAAGACGACAUUAAAAAGGCAAUCCACAUGAAUGACAUUACUGAUCCUUGCCGUGUGACGACACUGACGAACAAAAUAUUCCGGGGUGAGCCUGUCAAAAUGAUUGUGAUUGGUGGAUCAAAUUCAGCCGGGGGUGGAAUAAAAAAUCACAGGCGUUUAUAUCACCAACUGUUCUCUCAGUGGUGGGACAAAGUGAUUUCAACAACGACUGGCUCCAAGUUGACGGUAGAAAAUUUGUCACUUGGAGGGACAGGAAGCGAUUUCUUUACAUUUUGCCUGCAGAAUUUCAUAACAACAGAUGAUGAACCAGAUGUAGUGUUUAUCGAGUUAUCAGUAAACGAUUAUGGAUGCAUACACGGUGCAACAGCGCGGCCCAUGGAACUCCUCACGCGACGAGUAUUAUCCUUGAAGUCAUUUCCAUUAGUUCUGUAUGUAAGCUUGGUUGAUUUGGUCAAGAAGGGUGCUUCUCUUAGCACUGCUAAGAACCCAAGAUGUCAUAAUUUGGAAGAUUUGGGACAACACGAGCUCGCAACUCAUUACGGAAUUACCUUGCUAAGCUGGCGUGACAUACUUUGUCCAGUGAAUUCAGCUAAUGGCAUCCGAAAAGCCAUCAUACGGCCGGGAAUGGUUAAUGAUGAUCAUCUGCAUAUUGAUAUUAAAGGACACGCUCAAGUGGCUCUCAUGCAAAUCCGUUACUUUCAGAAGAUUCUUCAACGAACGAGCCAGCAGCUGUUCUGUGAGAAAUCUCCAAUGAAGGACCCUUUAUUUACCAGCAGCUCGAUACUGGUUACAAACCCUCAUUGUUGGGCAUCUACAAACCCAAGAUGGGGAAAAUCCACUGUGCACCAGUCUCUUGAUGUAAAGGUCAACAAAAAACGGCGCUUCAGCGAGCUUCCAUUAGAAAGCAUCAAAGCAAAGAUGGGCUUUCCAUCAGACCGUCGAACUGAUGCGUUCGGUGGCUGGGUGUCUCUUCGACAGGGAAGCUUUAUAGAGUUCUCCUUACAAGUUCCACCCAAGAAAUGGUCUGUAGGUAUCAUUUUACGAAGAAUGAGGCAAAAUUCGGGUCGUGUGGUGAUGUGGCUCGACAAAGACAAAAAGAACGCGGUAGCCAUAAUUGGGAAAGCUUUCGGUAGCGUUCAUUAUCAAACUCGUGUUUACUUCGUGGCUUCAGACGUGCCUCAGGGCCGUCAUACCAUUAGCUUGGAGUCUCAAGGUAACAAAGCUAUUUCUCUUUUAAUAAACGGCAUCGUGUUGGGCCCUGCUGGGGUUAAAGGAUUUAAAGGAUAUAAACUCACUGGAACUUUAGAAAAAGUUUGGAGUCUCGAGGACUACAAAAAGUUUAAAUUAUAA